GCCAAAUAAUCAAGCACAGCAGCAGCCAUACACAGAGCAAGAAAAGAAUGGACAUGGAGAAGGCCCUAGCCCUAGUUCUACUGGUAUCAGCUGCCAUACUCCUAGGCGCGCACCAGCCGACGAGCGCUCAGGUGUUCUGCCGCUCGCAGUUCAACCUGGCCAACGAGGCGUGCAGCAUGCGGAAUUUCAUCCCGGGGCCGGGGGUGAGGCGCGGGGGCCUGCCGCGGCAGCAGCAGCUCAACGAGACGACGUCGCCGUCGACGGCCACCACCGCCAGCGCUGUCAGUCAGGUGCUGCAGUCCCGGAGCGACGACGACGACGACAGCCACGGCGGGAGGCGGUCCCGGCGCCGGCACCAGCACCGGCACAGCGAGGACGGGGAGGGCGAGGACCCGCGCGACACGGCGUGCUGCCGCAGGCUCAUGGGCCUCGACAACUCGUGCGUCUGCCAGGCCACCGCGCGCCUGCCGCCCUUCAUGAUCUCCGUCAGGCACGUCAUCACGCUCACGCCCGUCGAGGGCUGCGAGAUCUCCUUCGAGUGCCCUGGCCCGCUCUUCUGAGCUAGUCCCACACAACGCCGCCCGCCGUCGUGCAGUGUCUAACCUCAUCUAAAGGAUUGAUGUGGUUAUUAAUAACUUCGGAUUUCGUUGUGCGUAUUGUUAUGUUUAUUAUUAAUCAUCAAAUAUAUAAUACGUGUGAUAAUAUUGCGAAUUCACAAUAAAGCCAAGCAGAAUAAAUGGGAUUUGC